AUGGACGUUAUGGAUAUCCAAAACGCAAUUACAUAUAUACACCAAACCCAAACAAUUGAUAUUAAUGAACGUGUGAAGUUGGUUCCUUUAUUCCAGUUCUUUGAUUCCCAUUUAAAUCAAAACAUAGUGUACGUACCUAGUGAUCAAUUCAAAAGCACGUUACUGGGCAUAGUCUCGAACUACUUUAAAAACCUCAUCACAACAAUUUUGGAUUUGUGUAAACAAUUUCUACUGAACAUUUCAUCGAUGGAAAAAACACCUGAAAAUUUGUUGACUAUUAAAAAUGAUACUUUGACGUAUUUCAAGUCCGCCCGUGAUUUUCAAGUUAUCAAUGACUUGCUGGAGUAUAUAACUACGCCAAAUAAUUUAAGUGUGUUAAAUCAAUUUGAUGAUAUUAAAAUACUUUUUUGGAGUGUUGAGUUAUACUUCGAAGAGAAAAAUUUGGAUGUUGACGUGUUGAUUAUUGGUGGGGUGUGUUUGCAGAUCUUUCCGACCAUUCAACGUGUGGAAUUUGUCACAGAAGAAACGUACCACGAGCAACUUACAACACAAUUAAAUUUGAUGGACUCCAUCUAUGAACGAAAGAAGGUGGUGUCUAGUGUAUUAUCCAACAAAGAGGAGUUUAGUGGAUAUUUCGAAGCUUUUUCGUAUGACAUUAAAGGAACGACUGAGACGUACAAAUUUAUUCUCACAGAGAAGCAAGUCCACGCCAAUAAUAUUAUCUUUUUUCUCGUCAAAAACAGUACUUUAACAUCUAGUGUUCAAAGUAACGACUUAGUCUUCACACAUAGAAUACCAAAUACUCACAAGGAAGAUGUUUUCACAUUGAGUCAUGGUGGGUUUGAAAUAUGUAAAGAUGUCUAUUGUGAUGUAACAGUCCAUUACUUCUUUCCAUUCAUCGAGUGCCCUUUUGAAGUUUCAUUGGAGGAUGUUUACAAUUGUAAAGCAAUUAACGUGCAUGGUAAAACCGUUCAAGUCAGUCCUCUGACAGAGGAAGGAACUUGUCUGAUGUGUGGUGCUAUUGACCAAAAAGGCAUUCAACGGUAUGUAAAGUAUAUUUUCAAAAACCAGAAGCAUCCCAUUUAUAGAAGAAUUAACAAAUUUAACUUGGAAACAUAUGUACACUACAGAAAAAGCGAUGAAUACUGUAAGACGGAUAUUAAAGUGACGAAAUUUUUGGACGGGAAAGAAAGAACUUUUCUUACAGGAGCGUGCCUUAUUAACAAUAAUAAACGUGUUGCUAAAGGGUGUGGGUUGCCAACAGGAAACCCACUAAAACCGUUUGGUAUGUUGGUGGUACAUAUCGUGAUUGAUAAAGACAAUCUUUCUCAACAAAGUAAAGGGGUAGUAAACCACAACAAAUCAUUAUCUCCUCAAGCAAUUUAG